AUGGGCUCUACCGACACAUCCCUUCCGAACCUCCGCUGGGGCAUAAUCGGAACGGGACUCAUCUCCUCCUGGUUCACAAAAGACAUAACCAUUCCUCGCAAAUCUCCCUCCGCAACGCACAGCAUCCAGGCAAUCGGCUCCUCCUCGCUCGAGAAAGGCAACGCCUUCCUCACAAAACACCUGCCAGCCCUUUCUCCUAAACCAACAGUAUACCCCAACUAUAACGGGGUUUACACUGACCCCGCCGUCGACAUAAUCUACAUCGGCACCCCCCACGGCCUCCACAGACAGCACUGCCUCGACGCAAUCGCUCACGGAAAACACAUCCUGUGCGAGAAAGCAUUCACACUCAAUGCCUCUGAAGCGCGCGAGGUCCUCGCCGCCGCAAAGGCCAAGGGCGUCUUCAUCAUGGAAGCCAUGUGGACGCGAUUCCACCCGCUAGCCUCCAAGCUGCAUCAAGCCCUCUAUACCGACAAGGUAAUCGGCGACGUCCGCCGCAUCUUCUGCGAUUUUGGGCUCGACAUGGAUAUUGCGGCGUUGCCUGCUGACUCGCGGUUGAAAGACCCGGGAAUGGGCGCUGGGAGCUUGCUGGAUAUUGGCAUCUAUGCGUUGACUUGGGGGUUACUCACCCUUGAUUCGGAGCUAAAGGAGAGACCGCGCGUCACUGCGACUCAGGUACUUAGGGAUGGAAUUGAUAUUGCCUCGUCGUUUAUACUUCAUUACCCAUCCACAGGUCGCCAGGGUAUCCUGACGUCUACAACGGAAGCUAGGACUCCGGAAGUGUUUAUGAAGAUUGAGGGAAGCGAGGGAUAUAUAACCGUUGAGGGACCAGCGGCGUCAUCGCCGCGUGCUUUCACAGUUUAUCCUAAGAUUGACAGCACGGGCAAAAGUGCGGAGAAGAAAGGGAGGAGGCAUGAGUUUGAGCUGGAGGGAAUGGGGUUCUACUUCGAGGCUGAUGCAGUGGCGGGGAGUAUUAGCCGGGGGGAGAAAGAGAAUGAGAUUAUGAGCCAUGGCGAGACGGUAAGAGUUUUGGAAAUUCUUGAUGAGAUUAGGGCUCAGGGUGGGGCGAGGUUUCCUCAGGAGGGGCAGGCUUAG